AUGGAAGCGCAGCCUCUCCAACCCAGCAAUACGAAACCGCUGGAUGUUGGAAAUGGUCAAGAAGCCGAAGAAGAAGAGUUGAAACUCAGUGCGGCUACAGAGAUGGCAAUUAAAGAAAUGUGCCACACCGAAUUUUGCCGCCCUGACCAAGAGCUGACUGCGCAGAUCAAUGAACUUUUCCCAACAGAGCAAUCAUUGGCUCAGCUAGAUACAGUAAUAGCUGCUGUGGAGGCUGAAAUCCAUGAUCUCGACGUAGAACUGGCAGCCUUGGUAGAAUCACAUGACGAGGUUGGAGCACAGGGCGAGGCUGCUUUGCAAGAGGCACAGAAAGCAAUGUCAGAGUUGGAACGUCGAAUCGACAGUAUACGAGGGAAAACUAGAUCAUCUGAUGAGAUUGUUCGAGAAAUGACGAGAGAUAUCAAGCAACUGGACAUUGCAAAACGAAAUCUGACGUCGUCUAUCACUACUUUACAUCAUCUGCAUAUCUUGCUUACGGGUGUUGAUUCAUUAGGUACCGGAUCUCUUUUCUUACCACUGAAACUAAAUAUUGACCACUAUUAUAUGGUUCUACUUCAUUUGUAUUUUCUUCUGAGCUAUGAUCAUAGUUUUUCAGCUGUUUGGGUGGAUCAACGUGACUACGCCUCUAUUGCAAGGCAACUACCAGCCAUACUCAAUGUUUUGCAACUGUUUGAUGAUUUUCAAGAAGUCGAGCAGAUGGCAAAAAUAACCAACAGGCUCAAUAAGUUGAAACAGGCUCUCACGGUUCAGCUAGCUGGUGACAUGAAGGCUGUUUUCCAGGCUGGGCAGUUGAGUGAACGAGUAACGGAUAUGUGUCGAGUGGCAGCUGCCUUGGAGGGAAGUGUGAAGUCAAAUUUCUGUCGUUGGUUUAUUGAUCAGCAAUUGUCUGAGUACACUGUGCUAUAUGCAGAGAAUGAAGAGGGAGCGUGGCUCGAUAAAAUUGAAGAAAGGUAUAAAUGGUAUGUACGCAAAUUGACGGAUUUUGAAAGAACGGGUCUCGCCAAAGUCUUCCCACCUGAUUGGGAUAUGGGGCGAUUAAUGACAAAGGAAUUCUGCAAUGUAACAAGGUCCGGCUCAUCAGCUGAGGUUCCUUCUCGAGAGUGUUCUACUCACGCAGUUCCAUUCUCGUCAUCUGCUGACAUGUUCUUACUGCUCAAAAAAGUUAUCACUGAGUGUAGUAAGCUCAGUAGUGAACCAGAUGCGUUAUUGAAAGAUGUAGUGGGAGUCGUUCGGGUUUGUCUGCGUAACUAUGCCCAUGGAUGUUUAACAGCAUUCUUACCCACAGCUCAUGGACAGCAAAGCGGAAGCAGUACGGCGAAUCUAUUCAAUCUGAUCCGGGAGGAUACGACUGUUUUACGAUUAAGCGCUGAUCAACAAUUCCUCACCUGUUGUAUAUUGGCGACAGCAGAUUGGUGUGCAGAGACGACCUUACAACUUCAAGAGAAGCUUGCACAGAGGCUGGCUGGAGUUGACCUGAGUCAAGAGAUGGAAACUUUCUAUGGAAUCACCAAUCAGGCCUUAGCCGUGUUAGUGCAGGAUCUUGAAGGAACUUGUGACACAGCACUACAAGCUAUCUCAAAGAUCACGUGGUCAACAGUAGAUGGUGUUGGUGAUGAGUCCCCGUUCGUAGGUGCAAUUCGAUCGCAUCUUCGCGCUGCGAUACCUCGACUUCGUGAUCUGUUAUCCGAUAGAAGGAAAUAUUUUGCACAUUUGAAUGCUACCAUAUUUAAUGCCAAAUUAAUACCGUCAUUGUUUGGAUUCUAUCUAUUAGCUUCAAUAGUAGUAAUGUCAAAUAUGGAUACACCUGAAGAUUUCGUGGAACACUAUUCAACUUUGCUGCCAGACUCUAAUACUUCCGAAUUGCAAAAGGUUCUUGAUAUGCGUGGUGUGAAGAAAGUGGAACAGACUGCUAUCCUGCAAGCCUACAGGCAAAGAUGUUUCGUUUUAAGGCAAAAGUUUGGAGCUGCUGCUGAUGCUGCGCCAACGGUUCCUGUCGGAAUGGGCAAUGCAUUAUCUGCAACGCAGGCAUUGAAUGCUGUCGUGUCGAUGGCAGCGGACGGGUUGGCCGAGACGACAAGUAUGAGGAGACUCGAAAAGCUUGUCAAGAGAAAUUUUUAG